AUGGCUCCAGCUAAAUCGAGACCAACUGUCCUCAUUGUGGGUGGGGGCUUAGCUGGACUUUUCUGUGCUCUCGAGUGUAAAAGAAAUGGUUUCGAAAUAACAGUAUUGGAAUCCAGACCUGCAAUCCAAACAGCUGGUGACUUCAUUACUAUUGGGCCUACAGCUAUCAAUGCUCUUUGUAGAUGGCCGUCUAUAGCAACAGCGCUUGGUAAGGUCGCCUACAAGCCUGACAUCUGGUACCAUAAGCAAGAUGGAGAGCUAGUUGCUGGUCCAAUGCCUCCGCACCCCAACUUUGGCCGCAUGAUAUCGAGGCCGGCAUUACACCAAGCUCUUUGGCAUGCACUAGAGGCCGAGAAUGUUGAUAUUCGCUGCAAGACGAAAGUGAAGCGUUACUGGGAAACGGAAGAUGAAGGCGGGGUCGAGCUCGAAAAUGGGGACAUCCUCCGGGCAGAUAUGGUGACCGCCGCAGACGGUAUCCAUACCAAAAGCUGGACACUCGUAUCGAGAAAGGAACCCGAAAUCUACCCGAGCGGGCUUGCAAUGUUCCGAGCAGCAUUUCCUAUUGAACGAGCACUAGCGGAUCCCACUCUACGGGCAAAGUGGACUCCGACAGCUGAGAGAGACAAGAUGGGAUUCUUUCUUUCUCCAACUAGCUUUGGAAUCAUCCUCUUUGGCCAAGACACUGCAUCGUGGGUUUGGCAGCACAAUGAAAACCCAGAAACAUCCACUGAAUCAUGGGCUGCAACUCUAUCUCCCGAAGAUGCCCUUAAGCAGCUGGAUGCCCAAGGCCACUGGGGCGCCGACCUUCGAGCACUAAUUGCUACAACUCCACAAAACCACAUUGUCGACUGGAGGCUGAUGCGACGAGAGCUGAAGCGAGAAUGGAGCUCGCCAAAGGGGCGGCUAAUGCAGAUUGGGGAUGCUGCACAUCCAUAUCUGCCAACCACUGUCAAUGGUGGGACACAAGCCAUCGAGGAUGGCGUCUCACUGGCACGCUGCUUGCGCCUGGCAAUCGACAAGCACGGCGCUAACGCGCUUCCUGCUGGAGCAAAAGUGCAUAACUUGUUGCGCAUCGAUCGGGUGGCAGCCAUCGAAACCACAGGAAUGGAACGCACGAAGAAACACCGUCAAGUGGACUUUGAACAAGUUAAGAAAAACCCGGAGUUGAUUCGCAACGAGCCGGCUCAGUGGCAGAUUAAACAUGACCCGCUAGCGUAUGCGGAGGAAAAGUUUGAUGAAUGCUUUGCUUCUUUGACGAAUGGCAAGCCCUUUAUAAACACCAAUAAGCCUGAAGGAUACGUUUUUGCGCCAUAA